GGUUCAACAGUCAUUUUCAGUUAACAGAGAAAAGUCAAAACUUAACGUUAAAGGGAUGGGCCCACUGGACCAACGUCCAGGGCUUGAUCUGUACGUGACUUGUUCUCGUAUGUAACAAACGCACCCUGAUCGGGGGUGCCAAAACCAACUCGAUGGUUUUGGUCCCCUAUUGCGCUGUGCCAUAUAAAGGGGGGGAGUCUGGCAGAGAUCGAUACCCAGUUAACGAUCUAAACAUCUGCUUCCCCCACAUCCCAAAACUCUACCGAUCUAGAGUGGCCAGAAGCAACGGGAAGACUGGAACCUCGCCGUGCUGUGCCAGGGCAGUGCAGGUGGCGCCCGGAGGGGAUCAGGAGGAUCUCCAGAUCGUCAUCGACCACAAGUUCGUCAUCAACACCGCCACACCAAGCCUACCUCACGCAGGCGUCGAUGGGAUCGUCAGUGCCCACUUCCGCUGCGAUGCGUUAUGAUGCUGUCGAGCAGUUGACCGGCAGCAACUUUCCUCGUUGGAAGAACUCCAUUGAGCUAUGUUUGGCUUUCAACGAGUUUGAUUAUGCCUUAAGGGAGGAUAAGCCCGUGGCGCCAGUUGCUGGUGCUACGGGGUAUGAUGAACUAAAGAAAACUUAUGACUCCAAGAUGGAGAAGUGGGACAAAUCCAAUCACGUUGCAAUGCUCGUGAUGAAUUCUUCCAUUUCACCUGAGAUUAUUGGGGCUCUCCCCGAGAAAGAUACUGCUAAGGAAUUUAUGGAAGCCUUGGAGGAGCAAUUCAAAGGCUCUGAAAAGGUUUAUGCUCAUGAGCUUUUUCACAAGCUACUUGGCAAGUAUAAAAAUGAUGGUGAUGUUAGGGGACACAUACUGAGAAUGAUAAAUGCUUCAAAUAAACUGAAGCACCUAAAGUGUGAGCUCAGUGACAACCUCCUUAUCAUCAUGAUCUUGGAGUCCCUCCCUGAAGAGUUCGAUCAGUUCAAGAUCAACUACAAUUCCAUGAAGGAGAAGUGGACACUUGCUGAGAUAUCCCCUCGGAUUGUCCAGGAAGAAGAACGAAUGAUAAGGCAGAACAAGGAUCAGGCUUUUCAUGUUGUCUCCUCAAAGAGAAAGCAUGACGGGUCAGGCCCUUCAAAGUCGCCAAAGAAAACCUUCAAGAAGGAAAUGCCAAAGUUUAAAGGAAAGGAAAAGGAUAAUGGACAGUCUUCAGCGCCUACUGAUAAUGUGUGUUUCUUUUGUAAGAAGGAAGGCCAUUACAGGAAGGACUGUCAUGAAUACCUCAAGUGGAUGAUGAAGAAAGGGAUUAAAUUUGAUCCAAACCAUAACAAGCGGGGCAAGACGACUUAGAGUUGCAAAUGGAGUUGAAGUUGAUGUUGAAGCUGUUGGGUCACUCACCUUGGAGCUACACACCGGCUUUCACCUUCAUUUAAAUAAUGUUCUUUAUGUACCUACUUUAAGUAGGAAUUUGAUUUCAGUUUCUUGUCUCGAUGAUAACAUGUUU